GAAAAACACGUAAAAAAAUACCCCUCCAUCCGCAGCCCACUCCCCUCGAGCCCUAACCCACCCAUCCUCCGUUCCUCUUGCGCCUCCCACCCGCGGCGGCGCGGCGAAGCCACCGACGCCGCUUGCCUUCUUCCCCCCGCCCGCCUGCAGCCCGCUUGUCUCGACGGAAGGCUCGCGCCGUCCUUCCGCGACCCUUCUCCGCCGAACACGCUCUCCUCUGGUCGCGCCGCCUUCCAACGAAGGGAGCACUCCCAGGGGCUUCCGCACGCGUCGCCCAUCCAACCGGCCGGCGCUCUCGUCUCGGCUCCUGCCUUCCGCACGCGUCGCCCAUCGCAACAGUCAUUGUUUCUGGAGCUAGAGGGCAAAUUUGCCUUUGUCGCUAUCGAGUUAUCCUCGAGUUUUCUAUGAUUGACAGGAGCAGAUUUUAUUCAACUAGUGGGUCUGCCCAUUGAUGGAAGACCGCCAAGUUUUAGUUCAGCCAGAGCAGAACUUUGUACCUGGUGAGCAGACCCUUGUCAUUGGUCAAGAGUUUGCGGAUGUUGACACAUGCCGGAGGGCUGUUAAGGACAUGGCCAUUGCUUUGCAUUAUGAGCUACGUGUUGUGAAAUCUGAUCGUAGCCGAUUCAUAGCAAAGUGCUCAAGAGAAGGCUGCCCGUGGCGUGUGCACAUUGCCAAGUGCCCUGGUGUUCCUACUUUCACUGUCCGGACUUUGCACGGGGAGCACACUUGUGAGGGUGUUCGAGACUUGCAUCAUCAGCAGGCUACUGUUGGUUGGGUGGCUAGGUCCGUUGAGGCAAGGCUCAGGGAUAACCCACAGAUUAAGCCAAAGGAGAUAUUGCAGGAUAUUCGGGAGCAGCAUGGGGUUGCUGUUUCUUAUAUGCAGGCAUGGCGUGGAAAGGAGAGAAGCAUGGCUGCUGUUCAUGGUACACUUGAGGAUGGAUACCGCUUUCUUCCUGCAUAUUGUGAGCAGAUUGGGAAGAUGAAUCCUGGUAGCGUUGCAACAUAUAGAGGGAUUGGACCAGAGAAUUCCUUCCAGCGGCUGUUUGUCUCAUUUCGUGCAUCCAUUUAUGGUUUCUUAAAUGGGUGCAGGCCUCUGUUGGAAAUUGACAAGGCUGACCUGAAGGGAAAAUACCUUGGGGCAUUGCUAUGUGCUUCAGCUGUUGAUGCUGAUCACAUGAUGUUCCCUCUAGCAUUUGGUGUUGUUGAUUCUGAGAGUGACGAAAACUGGAUGUGGUUUGUAUCAGAACUGAGGAAGAUGCUCGGAGUAAACACAGAUAAGAUGCCCAUCUUGACAAUACUAUCUGAGAGGAAACCGCAAGUGGUUGAAGCUGUUGAAGUCAACUUCCCCACAGCUUUUCAUGGGUUUUGCUUGAGAUAUGUGACUGGGAAUUUUCGUGAUGAGUUCAAGAAUCCUAAACUCCUCAAUCUUUUCUGGAGUGCUGUUUAUGCUCUCACAGCAACGGAAUUUGAUUCAAAGGUAAAUGAAAUGAUGCAAGUACAAGAUGUCAGGCCAUGGUUAGAGCGUUUUCCACCAAACCUCUGGGCAGUUGCUUUCUUUGAGGGUAUCCGAUAUGGCCAUUUUAGUCUUGGAAUAACCGAGAUAUUAUAUAAUUUGUCACUUGAGUGUCAUGAGCUUCCCAUUGUGCAAACUAUAGAGCACAUCAAGCACCAACUGACCUGCUGGUUUGCUGAACGUCGCAACUUGGCACAAUCAUACAACUCAGUUCUUGUUCCAUCAGCUGAGAAACUUAUUUCAGAAGCUAUCUCUGACUCAGGAUGUUAUCAAGUCCUUCGAGCAAACAAGGUGGAGUUUGAGAUUGUGUCAUCAGAGCGAACAAACAUUGUGGACACUCAAGCUAGGUUAUGCUCAUGCCGUCGAUGGCAAAUUUACGGCAUUCCAUGUGCACAUGCCGUUGCUGCACUGCUUUCAUGUGGUGAAGAUCCCCGCCUAUACGCUCAUGAAUGCUUCAGUGUAAUGAAGUAUCAGGAAACCUACUCCCAGUCAAUCUAUCCAAUUCCAGACAGGAGCCACUGGAACAAUUCAUCUUUGGGGUUACAAGGCGUAGGCAGCAAAGCAGAUGUGAUGCUUAGCCCACCCAAGAUACGGAGGCCUCCUGGCCGUCCCAAAAUGAAGAUUCUUAAGAUGGAGAGCUUGAAACGGCCAAAACGGAUCGUUCAAUGUGGUCGAUGUCAUCUUCUUGGACAUUCUCAAAAGAAGUGCUCAUUGCGAAGCUGACACUUCUUCGUUUAUGUACUUUAAACUUGUUUUAUUGCUAAAAUAGGGAAGUUCAUA